AGUGGGGAAAGAGGAGGAGGAGGAAGAAGAGAACAUGAGGAGGAAGAGGAGGAGAAUGAUAAGGAAGAAGAAGAAGAAGAAGAAGAAGAAGAAGAAGAAGAAGAAGAAGAAGAAGAAGAAGAAGAAGAAGAAGAAGAAGAAGAAGAAGAAGAAGAAGAAGAAGAAGAAGAAGAAGAAGAAGAAGAAGAAGAAGAAGAAGAAAGAAAGAAGAAAGAUAAGAAGAAGAAAGAAGAAGAAGAAAGAAGAAGAAGAAGAAGGAAGAAGAAGAAGAAGAAGAAGAAGAAGAAGAAGAAGAAGAAGAAGAAGAAGAAGAAGAAGAAGAAGAAGAAGAAGAAGAAGAAGAAGAAGAAGAAGAAGAAGAAGAAGGAAGAAGAAGAAGAAGAAGAAGAAGAAGAAGAAGGAAGAAGAAGAAGAAGAAGAAGAAGGAAGAAGAAGAAGAAGAAGAAGAAGAAGAAGAAGAAGAAGAAGAAGGAAGAAGAAGAAGAAGAAGAAGAAGAAGAAGAAGAAGAAGAAGAAGAAGAAGAAGAAGAAGAAGAAGAAGAAGAAGAAGAAGAAGAAGAAGAAGAAGAAGAAGAAGAAGAAGAAGAAGAAGAAGAAGAAGAAGAAGAAGAAGAAGAAGAAGAAGAAGAAGAAGAAGAAGAAGAAGAAGAAGAAGAAGAAGAAGAAGAAGAAGAAGAAGAAGAAGAAGAAGAAGAAGCAGCAGCAGCAGCAGCAGCAGCAGCGAUUGGAAGAGAAUUAGAAGAUAGGAGAGUCAGGGUCAUGUGUGAGGAACAGCAAGAAGGCCAAUUUGACUGGACCAGAGAGACAUAAAGUGAACCAUGUCUUGUUUGUACACAGGCUAUUUGUAUGUUGUCUCUUUAUUAGACUGUGAGUUCCUUGAGGGCAGAGAUGUCCUUUGAUUGUACUCACUGAAGUUAGCAUCACACCUGGCACAUGAUUAAGUGUUUUUAAAAUGUCCAUUGUCAGACCCAGAGAUGGGAGGUCCUGAGUUCAAAUGUGACCUCAGACACUUACCAGCUGUGUGACCCUAGGCAAGUCACUUGACCCCCAUUGCCUAGCCCUUAUCACUCUUCUGCCUUGGAACCAAUACACAGUAUUGAUUCCAAGAUGGAAGGUAAGGGUUUUAAAAAAUUUUAAACAAAUAAAUGAAAUUCUCAUUGACUGACUGAUUAACUGACCAAAUAGGACUGGAAAGGUAGGUUAAAACUAUGUUAUGCUAGGUUUGAAAAGCCAAGCAUGAUUUUUAUUAUAGAGGUAAUAGGGAGCCAUUGCUGUUUAUUGAACAGACAAGUGACCUGAUCAAUCCUACAUUUUAGGAAAAUCAGCUGUAGGGAGGAUAGAUUGGAGAGGUAAGAAAAUGGAGAGAUGGAGACCAAUUGGAAGACUAUUGCAGUAGCCUAGUGAGAGGUCCUGAGGUCCUGAACUAGGUUGGUGUCUGUGAGAAGAGAGAAGGGGAGAGAUGCAAAAGAUGUGAAGGUAGGAUGGGCAAGAUUUGUCAACUGCUUGAAUAUAUGAGGUGAAUGAGAGUGAAGAAUCAAAGAUGAUGCAAGAAUUGGGAAUGUGGGUGACUGGAAGGAUGGUGGUUUUCUCAACAGAAAUAGGGAAGUUCAAAAGAGAAGGGUAUGUGGGAGGAAGAUAAUGAGUUCUAUUUUGGGCAUGUUGAGUUUGAGAUGCCUAUGGGAUAUCCAAUUAAAAUGUCCAAUAAGCAGUUGGUGAUAUGGGAAUGGAGCCCAGAGAGAGACUAGGAGGGUGUCAUCUGUAUAAAGAUGAUUACUGAACCCACAGGAGUUGAUGUUUCUAAAUGAAAGAGUAUAGAGAGAAAGGAGGAGGCUCAGCACAUGAUCUUGGGGAACACCAACAGUUUUGGGGUGAAAUGUAAGUAAUGAUACAGCCAAAGAUACUGAGGAAUGGUCAGGUAAGUGAAUAACCAUGAGAAGCUUGUAAUGAAAACUCAGAGAGGGGAGUAUCCAGAGGAGGAGGAGGAAAUCAUCUAAACCGAAGAUAGACAGACAUGAGACAGAUAGAUGGAUGGAUGGAUAGAUUGAUAGAUAGAUAGAUAGAUAGAUAGAUAGAUAGAUAGAUAGAUAGAUAGAUAGAUAGAUGAUGUGAU